AUGCGUGCGCGGUUUCCAGAAAGGUGGCCGAUCUUGUGCGGUGCCGAAGCGGGAUUCUCCGCCCGGAGCCCCGGCGGCGGGGGGGAGCCCCGGCCCGGCCCCUGGGGGAGGGAAUCCUGGCCCGUCUUAAGUGCCUUUGGGCCCGCAAAGACCCCCCAUGGGGGAUUUUCUAUCCGGACCUACGGCACCAGCGGUCUGGACAACCGACCGCUGUUCGGAGAGACGUCGGCCAAGGAUCGAAUCAUCAAUUUAGUUGUUGGCAUCUUAACAUCCUUAUUGAUUCUAGUAACGCUGAUCAGUGCUUUUGUUUUCCCUCAACCACCUCCAAAACCAUUGAAUAUAUUUUUUGCUGUCUGCAUCUCUUUGAGUUGUAUUACUGCCUGCAUACUUAUCUACUGGUAUCGACAAGGAGACUUAGAACCGAAAUUUAGAAAUCUAAUUUACUAUAUCUUAUUUUCUAUCACCAUGUUAUGUAUAUGUGCGAACCUGUACUUCCAUGAUGUGGGAAAGUGAGGCUGCCAAGGAGAAAAUACUUACCAGGUCUCUUCAAAGCUAUACAUUAGGACUGUGAAUAAAAGCUGGAUAAGGUAUGCUGAAGAAUCUCCUGCACAAGUCUGAUACAUGAUUUUCAUGUUAACUGUAAAUCUAAAUUCCCUCUUGCAGGGGAGACUUUAUAUAGAUCACUUUGCUUUUUUAAGGAGCUGAUGUUGCACUUAAACAUUCCAACCCUUAAAGCUCAAAUAGCACAAGUAAUUUUCACUUUUGAAAUUGAAAUUUUUUAUAAUGUAAUGGCAUGGCGAAAGGCUAUGUAACAAACAAUCUUGCAUUUUAAGACAAAUAUUCUUUUAUUUCUGUUAAACUGAAUAUACAAUUAUUGUUCCCUAGGCAACCAACUCUUGCUUAAAACUACAAUUUGUUUUCACAUUAACAAAACAGAGACGGUGAAAAGACAAUUUGAUUGUGAAGAUCUAAUUACAAUAAUAAAUAAAAUAAUUUAUACAA